GAGCUCUGUACCUCAUUGAAACCAGCUUGCCUACAAGGAAGUCAACCCCUUUCAAUCCCCUCUAGUACAGUACAGCCUCCUUCAGUCCGGCGAAGGGCUUGACACACUCAGCUUCAGUCUGCUGGCAAAGGGGGAGAAAAAAAGAACAUACAAAAAACAAGCGGAGGAACAGAAAAAAGAGGGACUUUAACAAGGCGGCCAAGGAGAAGGCGCUCGGGUAGAGAAGAAAGAUCUGCUUCAGGUGUGAUUGCAAGGACCAAACUCUGAUCUGCAGCCUGGGACCUCCCACUAUGGAACACUUCCUUCUUCUGAUGCCCCUCCUGGGUCUGGUGAGCAGUGAAUUGCCAUUUGUACAAAGAGGAUUCUGGGACUUCUCCAUGGACGAUCCCUCGGUCCAAGAAGAGGAAGAGGCUUCUGGGAUCCUCCCUACUUCCAGUGGAUCUGAGGCAGAAGACAUUCCUUUCUACCCAGGCCUCUGUCCCUUUGGCUGUCAUUGCCACCUAAGGGUGGUCCAAUGCUCUGAUCUGGGUCUCAAGCAAGUGCCUAAGGAAAUCUCGCCAGACACCACAUUACUAGAUCUGCAAAACAACCACAUUACGGAGCUGCGCAAAGAUGACUUUAAAGGGCUCUUUCGCCUCUAUGCUUUGGUAUUGGUGAACAAUAAGAUCUCCAAGAUCCAUCCAAAGGCUUUUAGCCCUCUGAUUAAGCUGCAGAAACUCUACAUCUCCAAGAACAACUUGGUGGAGAUUCCUCCUAACCUGCCCAACUCCUUGGUGGAACUCCGGAUCCAUGAGAACAAAAUCAAGAAGAUCCCCAAAGCUGUCUUCAAUGGGCUCCACAAUAUGAAUUGCAUUGAAAUGGGUGGGAAUCCUCUGGAGAAUAGUGGAUUUGAACCUGGUGCCUUUGAUGGCCUAAAACUGAACUACCUGAGGAUCUCAGAAGCAAAGCUCACUGGUGUACCCAAAGACCUCCCUGAAACCUUAACUGAGCUACAUCUGGACCACAACAAGGUCCAGGCAAUUGAAUUAGAGGAUUUGAUCCGCUACUCCAAAAUCUACAGAUUGGGCCUCGGACACAACAAUAUUCGCAUGAUUGAGAAUGGCAGUCUUGCUUUCCUGCCUAUCCUACGUGAGUUGCACUUGGAUAACAACAAGCUCUCAAGAGUCCCCCCAGGAUUGCCUGAUCUCAAGUUUCUGCAGGUAACCAAUAAGAUGCAGUUCUGUGGUGAGAAAAGUAAGGUCCUGCAUUUAGACAGGAAAAACCAAAUCCACAGGUAUGAAAUAAACAAUACCUGGCUCAGCAGUAGUUUUUGUGAGAAGGGUCUACGUACUCUGCUUAACCAUGAGCCAGCAGUGUGCUGCAACUGCCAAAAGAGCCAAUGCAAUCCUAGGCUGCAACAACACAAGGCUAACGUCAAGAUAAUGAGAAGUGAUAGUACCACUCUUUAUAGUACUAGUAAGGCCACGCUUGGAAUACUGUGUCUGUUUCUGGUCACCAUCAUAUAAAAAAGAUGCUGAGAU